GCACUCGUCCAACUCCUCGCCGUCGAACAUCUUCUCCAAACAGCUUUGACGCCUAUCCUUCUCUCCUCAAUCAAAUCACAAUCCAUCCACCAUCCGGCUCCGCCUCACUCCACCUCCACCCUUCUCCUCCAAAUUCCCAACGUGGCCAUACACAGUCUCAUAGUAGCUAGGCGGCGCCAACCCGACUUCCCCACGCUUCGUAUUUUCGUCGUCCUUCGCGGCUUGAAAUGGCGAGGGUGUCUGUUUCUGUGAAUCUCGUCGACGCUUCGGGAAGCGACACCGGCGCACCGCCCAGUCCACGGGCGCGGCGACGAUGUACACGGCGAAGAGCACGAUUGCGAGUGGAAGGGGGAUUCUGGAGGUCAUGGCGUUGUAGCAGAAGAGUGACGUGCAGACCUCUCUUCCAGGAUGGCAGUGUGGAUGUUCACAAGGUCGGAGUAGGGAGGCGGUGGGGGAUGCUUGUAACCACUCUGCUUCUUUUCGUCGAGGGGCAUGAGUUGAGGGUGUGUUUGUGCUCGUGCUCGUGCUUGUGCUUGGGAUUCCCGACUACGCUUCCGCUCGUGAUGACGAUGCUUGAAAUCACCGGCGGCCGAGCAUACACGUCUCACCGCGUACUCGAUGAGGACCAAUGGGUAAAUAAAGAAGGGCACGCUGGCCUUUUUGUUCAUGGGGGCUUGUUCGCGGAAUGUUUCGUGGGUGUGUCGUUGGAGGAGUAGUGGGUGGAUGCGGGGAGUAGUGGUAGCUUCGUGCGAGGUCAAGAGGGGUGUGUGUUGUUGAGGUGGUGAGGCGGGGUAGAGUUACUGCACAGCCUGCGGAUUGGCGUGGCGCAGCCUUGUGGACUGGAAGGAUGGGAUCAUAUAGAUGUGAUACAUGGUUCGUGAAAUUGAUAGCGG